AGCAUCUGAAUCUUACUGAAGCGUGGGAUAAGAUCUUCAAGGAGAUGAGUGAGACUCAUAUAGAAUUUCAGAAAUUGAAAAGGGAUAAGAGGAAGGAGAAAAUGCUGGGCUGGUGUGAAGCGAUAGCUCGUAACCCUCACAGAAUCCCAAACAACACGCGAACACCCGAGAUCUCAGGGGAUUUGACUGAUGUCCAACAAACCUCCACAUUGAAUGACAAAUCCCCAGGGCGAUCUGCAAGUCGAUCAAGUAAUAUUUCAAAAGCAAGCAGCCCAACAACAGGGACAGCUCCCAGGAGCCAGUCAAGGUUGUCUGUCUGUCCAUCCACUCAAGACAUCUGCAGGAUCUGUCACUGUGAAGGGGAUGACGAGAGCCCCCUCAUCACACCCUGUCGCUGCACAGGCACCCUGCGCUUUGUCCACCAGUCCUGCCUCCACCAGUGGAUCAAGAGCUCAGACACACGUUGCUGUGAGCUCUGCAAAUAUGACUUCAUAAUGGAGACCAAGCUCAAACCCCUCCGGAAGUGGGAGAAACUACAGAUGACCACAAGUGAAAGGAGGAAAAUAUUCUGCUCUGUCACCUUCCACGUCAUUGCCAUCACCUGUGUGGUUUGGUCUUUGUAUGUUUUAAUAGACCGGACUGCGGAGGAGAUAAAGCAAGGCAACGACAAUGGUGUCCUUGAGUGGCCAUUUUGGACGAAGCUGGUAGUGGUGGCCAUUGGCUUCACAGGAGGUCUGGUCUUCAUGUACGUACAAUGUAAAGUCUACGUUCAGUUGUGGCGCAGGCUGAAGGCCUACAACCGGGUGAUCUUUGUGCAGAAUUGCCCGGACACUGCCAAAAAAUUGGAGAAGAACUUCUCAUGUAAUAUAAACACGGACAUCAAGGAUGCUGUGGUAGUGCCUGUGUUACAGACAGGUACAAAUUCCCUCCCGCCUGCAGAGGGCAGCCUGGCUGAAGUUAUCCCCGUGUGAUGGAAUCAGUGGGGAGUUUCUAUAUAAAGAGAUUCUUUCUCGCCCUCGGCCACUACAGUGUCAGAAGUGAUCCUGAAUUAUUAAAUCUUUAUCUUCUUCCCUUUCUCCUACUGACUUGUUUUUCCUCCCUUACUCAAAGAGGAAAAUACACCAAACAGCCAGGAUCCCAAGAAGCAGAGUCUAAAGUGUGAUAAGAAAAUGUGAAAAGUUUGUGUGCCAGAGAAUGAUUUCUAAGACAAUUUAAGAACCAUCGGAGCAAGGAAUGCUUUUAGGCAACAAGGAAAGACUAAAUGGACACGUGAUCCUCCUCACAGUAGCAGAGGGAAGCUCAAGAACACGGACUGGAAUUGCAGUGUGUUGUGUAUUUCUUCCAUGGCCUCCUCACGUUAACUGUCUCAUCUGGAAAUUGCAAACAUAAUUGAUUUUAAGCUUGAAACUAUCUGCAUUAUCCCUAAGGCACAUCAGAAGCAAACUUGGAGGAUGCGUAUUUUGAUAUUCAUACUUUGACAGCUAACAGAUUUUUAUGACUAUAGUGGAAUCUACUUGUUUUGACAAAUGCAUGUUUUUAAAAUAGAUGCAAUACACCUUGAAAGAUAUUAAUACCUGGAAUUAUGUUUAAAUCAUGAACAAAAGAUUUUCAGAAAAUUUUUUGGUUGUAUUAGCUCUUUUAAAAUACCCACAGGAGUUGAAAUCAACCAUCAGGGCCUGAAUGCUUCCCAAUAGAAAAAUAGCAAGGGCCAAUGAAUGGAGGCCACAUAUGUAAAUUUUAAAUUUUCUAGGUACCCUAUUAAAAAAGGUAAAAACACAGAGAUGAGAUUAAUUUGAUAAUAUAUUUUAUUUAAUACCAUAUAUCCAACUUAUCAUUUCAACACAUCAAUACAAAAAAAUUGAGAUAACUUACAACUUUUUUCAUGAAGCAAGUCUUCAAAAUUCGGUAUGUAUUUUAUCCAUACAGCAUCUCAAUUUGAAUUAACCAUAUGGAUUUGUGCAGCCCUAAAAUGUAGAGAUUAAAUUUUUGCACUAUUUAACAGUUAAAUAUUUCAAAAUAGCAGCUUAAUUCAGUCUUUUAUUCAAAAACUCGCAAAUGUUGAUUUUAUAAAGCACUAAGUUAAAGAAAUUUAGUGACCUGAGUAAGGAAGUUACCAUUUUUCUAAAGACUGAAAAAAGUACAGAAAGAUAAAGCAACCUGCUGCUAGCAAAGUUCUAAAAUUAACUUCUCUUUGCUAUUAUGAAGCACUUAGAAUAGUAAAAUAAAAAAUUAAAUAUUUCUUAUUAAAUCAAAGGUGCAAGGUUUUUGGUUUUGUUUUUUUUUAAUCCACAUGAGGUGUCAUUUUGACAGAUGAGUAGUUAUGACCAAGCAUUUAGGCUCUAUUUUUAAAAACUGACAGUAUUUUCCUUGCUCAGAUGGGAAGCAAAAAUAUUCCACAGAUUCUGUGUAAUAAAUUGAGUUGUUUGGGUUUGACAGUUCAGUUGAUUAUUGUGUUCUUUGCAUAUUCAUGUAAAACUGAAGCGUGAAUGAUACUGCAGUGAGCUAGAUUAAUGAUUAUAGAUAUAGUGGCUUGUCAAAGAAUGAUGUCUUACAUAAAAGAGGUGAUUUAUUUUUGUUAGCUGUCAUAUUUAUUCCUGUGAACAGGCAACCACGAUGGCCAGAAGAACCAAAGCAUGGGUGUCACAUUGCACAAAUCUGGGUCUCAACUGAUGCACUUUGUUAUUAUCAGUUUGCUUGUUCUUCACAGAUUAUAAUAAGACAAAGGAAAAAGAAAUAAUCUUUUAAUGAGGACACAGGUGAUAUGAAUAUUAGUAAUGGCUGACCGUGAGUCUGAAUAGAUCCAAUUCCUAAAAAUAAAGAAAGGUAAAUAAUGUCAACUGUCUAUGUGUGUGGUGUGGGGAUGUAUUCAUGUAUAUACACAAGAAAAUGUUAAAUUUUCAGACAAGACAGGAAACAAAAGGUUUAAAACUCAUCUUUCUUAAACUUGUGUGGAAUAAAGGCAUAGGGAAAACAAAUUGAGGUAACUACACUGGACCAAAAUUUCUGCAUACAUGAAGAUGUGAUAUUUCCAAACUAUAAAAAAAGAAAAGGUUAUCUAAUCUUUGUACUAACUUCCUCUUAAAUUUCCAUUUUAAAGGCUUAAGAUAAAUACAUUCAUGGAUAACAAAGUUUUGGGUGAUGUAACUAUGACUCCUUACCCAAGGAAUUACCCUUGAUUUGGACCAAAAUUUCUGCAUAAAUGAAGAUGUGAUAUUUCCAAACUAUAAAAAAAGAAAAGGUUAUCUAAUCUUUGUACUAACUUCCUCUUAAAUUUCCAUUUUUAAAGACUUAAGAUAAAUACAUUCAUGGAUAACAAAGCUUUGGGUGAUUUGACUCCUUACCCAAGGAAUUAACCUUGAUUUGAUUUUUCUGUCAGUUUCCUAAGCAGUGGCAACUUAAUUGUUUACAGAUAUUCCUUGGGGGGGAGAAGGGGGGAUUUAGUCACCAGCAAACAAAGAAAUACUGAUUCAUCUUUUGUUUGCUCAGGAAGAAAAAGGAUAUUUACCUUAGUUACUUAAUACUAUUUAAAUUCUGUACAAACCUAAGCAACAGAAGUGCAUAGCUCAUUUCACAGUGGGAGAUGAUUGGCUAAAAUAAGUCCUAUUAAGGACUACAAUUAACACUAAGAAAAUAUUUCUAUAAUGAAAAGAUAAACAAUACUGUAUUAACCAUAAAAGGUGACAUGGCGUUCAGCCAUACCAAAAUCCUCAAAAUUAACUUUUAUCGGUUUGACUUUCUUGUAAUGAGGAAAGAAUGAAGCUCCCUUGCAGGUUAAAAGUCAGACUUUCAUUCUGCUGUUCUGACCUUAGUCCCUGAACCAAAUUUGAAUCUUUCAAGAGUCUGCCUACAAUAGCUGCUUAUGAUUCAAAUGAUAUGAAAUAACUAUCUAAAACCUAGGGUUGAUUGUUUUUUCUUUUUAUGUUUUUUGUGGCAUUGGUACAUCUGCCCUUUCAAUGAAAGAAUUGGACAUUUUGACAAUGUUUUUGUGGACUGGAUGUAACUGCUCUCUAGAAUAAGAUAUUUUGAAGCAUGUUUACCUGCUCGUGUAACAAGUAAGAUGGAAUUGAAAAAAGGACUGAAAAUGAGGAUUGACUUUACAAUUCUGUUAAAAACCUUGGCUUUUUAUAAUCAUGAAUCUGUGGUAUUGUCAAUACCACAAAACAGACAUUUAUGCUGUUAAUUUUUUUAUUUUUUUGUAGCAAUUUUUUUAAUUUUUAAUUUUUUUUUUGAACAAUAUUUUCUUCCCCCAAACCCCUCAGGUUGAGUCCCAUAGAAUUUCCUUUCCCAAGGCACCGUUGCACCAUCACCACAGUCUCCUGUUCUCCCUCCCUCCUUCUGAUGCCUCUCCCUCCUUCUCCCCUUAUGCUGUUAAUUUUUUAAACUAAAGCUGUGUCUGUCUUAUUUAGAAUCAAAGAUUAAAUUGUAAAGAAGUGAAAUUCCAGUAGUUUUCUUUUUUUUUUUAAGUGAAGCCCAAGAAGGCAAUUAAAGUUAAGUACUAAAACAAACAAAAAAUAAAAUCAAAACAGAAAUUGAAGGGAGAUAGAUGUGUUUUGAAGGAGUCUUUCAAAACACUCUGAUUACAUCACUGAUCAGCUGUUGUUACAUGAAAUUAUAGUCCCAGAGAUGGCCUCUUAGUUGCUGUUCAUCUUGUUUUGCAGAAGUCCUUGGGUAUCUCUCUAAUGUGUAUUCUUUGAUAGAAAAAUUAGCUCAGAGUAACGAUGUUGUUAAGAUGUUGUAAUUGUCAUGGGGGGGUGAGGUGUAGAAGAUUAUCCCAUCAGCCUGACAGUUUGCCUUGCCUUGCCUUGCCACUGAAUGUUUUGGAACAAAAUAGAGCACUUAAAAUUUAUUUCUGUAGUUGUUACUUAAUUGUGUAAGACUUACACUUUAAUUAAGAAAGAUGAAGACCUUUUUUCUUUCCUUAAGUCAGCCCAAAGGUGCUAUUUUACAUAUCAAUACAGUUGAAAGGAAGUACUGUUAUUUUGGGCUACAGUGUUUCCUCCACAUCUGAAGAAAGCCCAUUUUGAAAUUGGACACUGCAUUAAAACCAAUAAGGAAAAAGUAUUUUAACUGUGUACAAUUUUUGAGAUUGAGCAUUUGUACUUUUUUGGUUUUACUGAAUUCUCUUGCAUUAAGAAUUUCCUGUUUUGUGAAUAAUGUGUACUAAGACAAAUUAAGGAAAAAAAUUAUCUGUGAAAGACUUUGUAUA